AGUUUUCUCAUCUAAAUAAUAGAGAAUUGGACCGGGGCCCUUCGAAUUCCAGCAACAGAGGGAUCCACUUCAGCCAGCUGUGUAGAGAGUGGAUCUAUGGUGUCAGUCAAGAUCCAAUCAACAAAAAAGAAAUCACUCUAUUCCAGACAAGAGGAAUUUGAUACAGGGAAGGAAUUGAACUACCAAAGGGGCUGCACAGGGUGAAGCCUGAGCGCUCGAAUGGCCAACGCCACAGGGCUGAACACACCAGAAGUCGCAGCCUCGAUGGGGUUGAUCCUGGCGGCUGUCGUGGAGGCGGCAGCACUGCUGGGCAACGGCGCACUGCUGGUUGUGGUGCUGCGCACGCCGGGACUACGCGACGCACUCUACCUCGUGCACCUGUGCGUAGUGGACCUGCUGGCUGCCGGCUCCAUCAUGCCGCUGGGCCUGCUGGCCGCUCCGCCGCCGGGGCUGGGCCGCGUGCGCCUGGGCCCCGCGCCCUGCCGCGCGGCACGCUUCCUCUCGGCGGCGCUGCUGCCCGCCUGUACGCUCGGCGUGGCGGCGCUCGGCCUGGCGCGCUACCGCCUCAUAGUGCACCCGCUGCGGCCCGGCGCGCGGCCUCCGCCCACCCUCGUGCUCACUGCCGUGUGGGCGGCGGCGGGGUUGCUGGGCGGGCUCUCCUUGCUCGGGCCGCCGCCCGCACCGCCCCCUGCCCCGGCUCGCUGCUCUGUCCUGGCCGGGGGCCUCGAGCCCUUCCGGCCGCUCUGGGCGCUGCUGGCCUUCGCGCUGCCCGCCCUCCUGCUGCUCGGGGCGUACGGCGGCAUCUUCCUCGUGGCGCGCCGCGCUGCCUUGCGGCUCCCGCGGCCCGCGCGCGGGUCCCGGCCGCGCUCCGACUCUCUGGACAGCCGCCUCUCCAUUUUGCCGCCCCUUCGGCCUCGCCCGCCCUGGGGCAAAGCAGCCCUGGCCCCGGCGCUGGCCGUGGGCCAGUUCGCAGCCUGCUGGCUGCCUUACGGCUGUGCGUGCUUAGCGCCCGCUGCCCAGGCCGCCGCGGCGGAGGCGGCCGUCACCUGGGUAGCCUACACGGCCUUCGCGGCCCACCCCUUCUUGUACGGCCUGCUGCAGCGCCCUGUACGCCGGACGCUGGGCCGUCUCGCCCGACGAGCGCUACCCCGGCCCCCGCGGGCCUGCUCUUCGCGGGCCUGGCACCCGCGGGCCCUCCUGCAGCACCUCCAUAGACCUCCAGAGGGCCCUGUCCUAGGCCCUUCUGAGGCACCAGAACAAGCCGGGGAUUUGGCAGGAAGGGAGAGCCUGAGCAUGCCAGAGGCCACGUGAGAGAUGUCUCCCAAGGUGAGCCGGGACUGGAGAAAGCAGGGUGGUAUCACAAAGGGCCCAUCCAGCCUCCAGCACAGCUUAUGGCAGGUAACCUGCCUGCACUUCUGGCUCUGGAAUGGGAGAAAGGGGGCCUGCAGCCUAGUGAGGCCCAGAGGCUUCUGGGAGCUAGGAAUCCUGAGUUCUGGGCCCAACUCUGCAUGGCCUUGUACACAGACCUACCCUUCCCUAGGCAUCAGUUUUCCCAUCUGUACCCUGGACCAUCUCUAAGGGCUCCUCCAGCUUGGGUGAUCUGGACACUCACGGAUGAUCCCCAGGCCAAGGAAGAAGCAGAGGUGGGCAGGAUCACAGAGAAGAGGGCCCUAAUGGCUCACAGCCAAAGGGAAUGGGCCAAGUAGGGCAGGGUCUGGGUUACAGCCACAGCAGGAGGAACCAGUGAAGGGACAUUCAGAAAGACCUCCCGCACAUCUGCACCAAGGAGAGGCUGGACAGAACUACUGCAACUCCUCCGUCAGCUUCUAAAAAUGCCCAGAAAACAACUGGAUCGCUUUGGUGCCAGAGGCAGGAGGCUGGACAACAUGACCCCCCAAAGAGCCCUGAAGCCCCAGAACUGGCAUGUGGAAGGGGCCGAGGCCCAGCUAGGGCUGAUGGAGUCACAGAUGGGGUCCUCUGGGGUCUCAGCUACACCCGUUUUCUGGAGGUUUUGCCAAUACCCACAGUGUUUCACAGCUUCC